GUGCAGCAAAGUUAUACAAUUUCCAUAUGUUUAUAAACAGUGCGCAGUAAAUCUGUUAAUCAACACUGGAACACACGUCUUCUUCAAUUUCAAGACACACGUACGAAAACUUAGUAAAAUUAAUAUCAAGCAAGAGGUGCCAUUCAACAGUUGAUAUUUGCACUAGAUUCUAGAUCUAUAUAAUUACUCUAGUCUAAUCGUCAAAGAUGCCAUUCAUCGGCAGAGACUGGAGAUCUCCAGGUGAUCAGUGGGUUCGCACAACUGAAGGAUGGGAAAGAAUGAGGCUGUGGAGAGUAAAGAUAUUCGAAAAUCUAAAUCAGAACGCAGUGGCGAGGAUAACUCGAUUGGCUUUAGAAGAUUCUCAUCAUACCUGUGAAAAGUCAGACAUAACUAGUCGAAGACAAUCAUAUAUAUUUUUUAACAGUGGUUCCACAAAAGAGAAACUGGAACUCACUUCACUUAGUGAAGCACUAGUAAGGUUGGAUAUGACUGGUGCAGCAAGAGACAUUAACAGGGCUAAUUAUGUGGCUAAACUCAUGACUCUAAUUUUGGAGAAAAGAUUGCCAGUACUAAGUGGAACAUCACAAAAACUGGUUUUCAAUAUACUAGAGUCAAUGGUUAAUGAAGCUAUUAAAACUGAACUGAAUAUUGGAAUGAUGAAAGAUCUGCUAGAGUGUGCUUAUGAUGCCCUGCAGGAUGGGAAACAUCACCACAUUGGUAGUCAGUGCUUGUGGUCCAAACACAUGGAGACAGUCAACAGACUAGCAAAUAAAUUGUCGGAGUACCAGAUGAAAGAGAGAAACAAAGAUGGGAAACUAAUGCUUGAUGAUCUCCCUGCUGACUGUCUUCGUGUCAUUUUCUCACAAAUUUCAGACCAUAAAGAUGUGAUGCGGGCAGGACAAACUAGUUCUACACUCAAUCAGGUGACAGAAGAACGAUCAUUAUGGCGAGAAAUGUGCCUGUUUCAUUUCAACAACCGCCAGAUUCUCACGUUUCUCCCCAAACAGAAUGAUACUAUUGAAAUAGAUUGGAAAAAUAUCUACAAAAGAUGCUAUAAACGUUUUGGCAGAAAGGAAACAUUUGCUGAUAUGUUGGCUAUCUGUACACAUUGUUGUAGCAUCCACUGGAAGGCUCUUGGACAUCCUUGUGUUGGUGACCAGAUGUUCACUUGUAAAGUGUUAAGUCCUGCUGACUUUUUGUCCCUGUUUAAACUUUAAGUCAUGUACAUAAACAUAAAAUUACUGUUGUUAAAAUGAACUUUUGAGCCUAGAAACAGGCUGGACUUGGAUCUAUCAAAAGAAAACUUAUGUAGCCUACUUCACAGUUGAGUAGUUAUGUUACUUACAAUUUAAGCAACAUGAAACACUAUUAUGCAUGUCUUAUAUAAUGAUUUUUUAAAUAUUACAUUCAUUAUAUAGACAAAGUAUGCUAAACUACACUUUUUUAAAUGAACAUGUUUAACCAUCUUCUUUCACCAAAACUAAAUCAUUGAUUUCAUAAUUUAGUUAGAUUAUUAUUUACCAGAUUGUUAAGAGCUUUAGAGUUGCUAAUCAUUUAGGUACGUUGGUUUGUGUCUUUAUGUUAAGUUGCAAUUUCUUUCAAAAAAUUACUUUAUUGUCUUGGUUGCCUUCUUGUCAUAUUCUCUCAGAUUCUGCCACUAAAGAUGACUGGGUAGGUAACUCAAUUUAUUUGAAAAAUGAACAUGAGUGCCCUUCUUGACACAUUUCUAUUCACUUCCAAUGUAACAAUUGUAUUCGAAAUAAUUUGCUAUUACCUUAUAAAAACUACUUAAUAAUGACAGUAAAAAUAAUAAAUGAUUAAACUUAGAAAAUAUAAUGCAUUAUCAAAAUUGCCACAGUUCUUUUACUACAACGUACUAUUACAAGUCUUAUACUGAUAUAAGAGUAACCACAAAGUUGUUUUUUCUUCUCUAAUAACUGAGUAGACAGUCUAUUGGCGCUGACCAUAACUAAUGAUGGCUUGUCUUUCAUAAUUGACAACAUAGCAGUGUAUCAGUAUCCAAGCCAAUCAUUAGGGCCUGCUUCACUGAUCAAUGAGUUUUCCUCUUUUGGGAGACAUUCUUUGUUCUAAGCUUUUCAUCUGACCUUAUGUUGGAUAUAAUUCUGCAGUUUGAUUUGCUUUUUGUGCUGCAAGACAAAUACUCCAGCUUUAUUUUUAUGUGUGCCAGUAUGUGUAUUUUUUACAAUUUUUUCAAUACCAAUAUCAUGACAAGAUGUUCUAGUGUAAACUGCAUUCAACUUCUCUGAUGGAAUUCUUGUCAGUUUGGUGAUUUUUUUUUAUGUGCUGACAUGGACUAUUUGAGAGCACAUAGUGAGUUUACAUUUCUGUCAUUAACUUAUUUGCUGCUCCUGUAGUUUCUUUGGUAGACAAGUCCAAAACUUAAAUUUUGCUAUAAAAAGCAAAAAAAAAAAAAAUGUUGUGAGUUAUGAAGUUGUGAUCUGCAACCACAUCCGUUACUAUUAUUUUUAAAAGGGCUUUCAUUAUUGCUUUACAAAAAAAUUUAUCCAGGCUGUGUUCUUGAAUUAAGAGAAUACUUUAUACAGGUAAAAGUGAUUAAAUGCUUUAAAAUAUUUGUCACAUUAUAUUUAUUCUUUUAGCAUGAAUUGAUGAAAGUGAAAUUUACUUACAUGUAUUUAAGAGACAUUUUUUAUUACUUUGCAAGUGCUUGUUAAAAUUUUAUUCUGUUUUGUUUUAAAAUGUUAAUAUUUUUCAUGCAUUGAUGAAAUCUGAAAGUAUCAAUUUUUCUUUUACAACCAGCUAAAUAUAGUAGUUAUGUUUUUGUUUUUUAACACUUGUCUAGUUUUAAUUUGCAAAACGGUCAUAUGAUAUUUGUCUACUUAAUUGAAUAAUGACUACUUAAGUGUAUUUUCAUUAACAAAAAAUAGUUUCUGUUCCCUUCCGUCACAACAUAAGCUGUUAUAUUUUAGGCGAUGAAGGAAUAGAUCUUUGUUAAAGAAAUGUAAAUUUUUAUACAUAAUUUGAAUGUAUUUGAUAUCUAGUCACAUUUAAAGCAUGUAUUUUGUAUAAAUACCAAUUCACUUUCUUUGUUCGACUUUGUGUACACAGAGUUACAAAAUUUUUAAACAACAUAUCAUUAACUAAUUUUUAAAAGUCUAUACAAAAACAAUUUCUGAUCCCUGUGAUAAAUAAAAGAUUGUGACAUGCAUGUUCAUCAUACAUGAAUGGAUUUGUGUCAUGUAUAAACAUAUAGUGCUAAAGGCGAUUUAAUGUAAAUAAAAAGUUCUUUUUUUUAAAUUUAUUUUUGACCCAGAUUUAUUAGCAGUAUUUUUGUUACUUUUUUUUUUUUUUUUGAAGUUUAAGAAUGUACAAAAAUUGUUCAACAACUUGUAAAAGAGAAAACUGUUUUUUUUUAAAAACUUCAAGGAAAACAUUUUUUUUUAUAGCACCUACUUAAAACUGAAUUCUGGAAGGGCAUGUUGAUUGUCAAAUGAAACUAGAUAUUGAACUGAUCAACACAAAGGUUCUAUUUAGAAAUUUGCCUAAACUGGAUUAGCUAAACACCUUAUAUAUUACACAGUUAUGAAAGUUGGAAUGGAUUUCAAAAUGAAUUUAGAUUUUAUUGUGAUACUGAUUUUGAUUAAAUGUAAUACUAAAUAUAGAACUUAAAAUUGUGAUGCCCUAAUAAUAAGUCUGAAAAAUAUUAGUUGGUCCGGAUCAACUUUCAGGUAGCCAAACUACAAAAUCUUCAAAUUUACAAAAUGUUAUGAAAUGUUUGUAUCAUAUUAAAAGAAAUUGAAAUUGUCCACAAAAAAUAAAAAAAUUAGUCUUAUUUCUAAACUACUUUUUAAAACGUUGACCCCUGUAUUUUACCUGGUUUGUUGUUGACCAUGUAAGAUGUUGAAAUGUUACUGUUUCAAACAGAGGUUUGAGAAUAAUGCUGUGAUGAAUUAGGCAUCCAUUCCAGUGAUUAGCUUCAUGCAUGUCUUAACUAGAAGUUCAGUUUAAAAAAAAAAGACAGUCGUUUAAGUGUAGAUAAGAUUGUUUGGUUUGUAAAAUGUGAAUUACAAUUGUUUUACUUGAAAUAAACAACGAUUUUGUGUGUAUUUCUUAUGAAUAAUUAAAAAAAAUUGAAAAAAAUUAUACUAUUUUCUAAAAUUUAAGCAUUAUUUUAAAAAAUAAAUUAAAAAAUCAUAAUUUUUUAAAUUGCCUUGUCAAUAUUUUAAAAUUACUUACACUCAGAUUACACUGAAUUCAUUUUGGGAACAAGGUAGUGAAUUUAAACAGUCAAUGUGGAUUGUCAUUUUAUAGAUUAUGUCCCUUUAAGAUAUUCUUUUUCUUUAUGUUUGUGUAGAAAACUAAUUUAGUAUAGGCGGCGACUAUGUUUUGUUUACAAAUUAGAUAUUUGUAAAAACUUUAGAUCUACAUUAAUUGAGUUUCUUUUAACUUUUAACCUCUGUAAAAAAAAAAUACAGAAAAUUCUCA